AUGGGCACGGUGCGCGCGCUGGACCCACCCGAGUCUUCCAACGACGAAUUCGACAGGAUGUUGUCGCACUCGAGCGGCGAGAUCAAGGAAGAGCGGGACGAGUAUCCUCCCCAGCCCACCGUCGAGGCUGUGGAGCCUGCACCGAGUGGGGUGCUAACCGACGAAGACCGCCUUCGCAUGCUGGGAUACGAUGUUUCGUUUGGCCGCCCGCUCGGCUUCUGGUCGAGCGCGGGCAUGAACCUCUGCCAUGUCUCCUUCGUGUACGAGUUCAUCUCGCAGAUCUCGCUCUACUCGUACGAAGGCCCCCUGUUGUUCGUUAUCGGCUUUCCGUUUCUCGCUCUCUUGCAUUGUUGCCUGAUCGGGCCGUUUGCGGAGCUCACGUCUACUUUCCCCGUUGCAGGCGGCAUGUCUACCUGGGCAUGGCAAUGUGCCCGGCACGGCGUUGGCGGGGAGCGCUUCUGGGGAUACUUUGUCGGCGGUUUUACUCUCGCCAUGCACCUGGGCAAGACCAUCUCGAACAUCUAUGCUGUCGCGACGAGUAUGGUCGUCGUCUACUACUCGACGGACCCCAGGGUCCGCAAGCUCCAAAUCAAGAACAUAGGUUUUGUGCCCCUCGAUUACCAGAAGUGGUGGGAGCCCGUGUUCUAUUUGGCUAUCGUGACGUUUGUGGCGGUCCUCUGUCUCACCCGAGUGGCGCGAAACGGCACUUUUUGGAUCGUUGCAGGCGCCUUCAACGUCGCCAUAACGAUUGCCGUUUAUGGCCUCCUGAUUGCAUGUGCCGUUAGGCUCAAAACGACGCCGAGCCUGAGGAAGGACAUCAUGCCACUGAACUGGGGAUUCCCAAGAAAGAAGAUGUUUCCCUACAGCCUAUCCCGCAUGAUAUUUAUGGGCAUUCCAAUCAAAGUGAUGGCUGUCGACUGCCCUGUCCACAUGGCUGAGGAAACCCGUAACCCGUCGCGCACCGUUCCUCGCGUCCUUUGGACGACGACCAUGUUCAACUUCAUCAACAUUUACAUUUGCGUGACGCUGUUUAUCGUCAUCGUGGUCCCGUGGUCGCAGGGUGCGUAUGGUCUAUCUCCAAUUGUCCCCAUCGGCAUGAUUCUCAACUUGAGCCCCGGGGCGACGGGGACUCUAGGCAUCCUGGCCUCGCUCUGCGCUACGCUGCAGAUCGUUGCAUCGAUCAUGGCGACCUCGCGAUUCAUUUUUGCCUUGGCUCGUGACCAUGGCAUCCCAUUCUCACGAUUCCUGGUUAAGACGGACAAGCACAAGGAGCCCUGGGUGGCCAUGGUGGUACUUAUCGCUUCACUCUUCCUUAGCACCACCUGUUGGCUCGUCAAUCGUCAACGUUACUGGGCUCUAAAUCAAGCUUGGACCUUCUACUUCAUCAACUUCCCUUACGUCAUGCCCCUAAUUCUCUACGUCUUCUCGCGCCUUGAUCUUCGCCUCGUCGGCCGCGCAGAAUUCUCCCUCGGAAAGCUGAGCAAGCCAUUCGCGUGGGUCGCCAUUCUCUGGCUCAUCCUUGGGAUCAUACAAGGCAGCCUUCCUGGCACCUCAUUCAAUGGAAGCUUCUCGUUUGUGGAUAGCAACGUGAGCAGGACAGUCCUCGCCUACCUGCCCAUGAUUUUCGGCGCCAUGUGCGUCAUCAUGGUUGUCUCGUGGUUCAUUUAUGGCCGGCGCCACUACGUGGGUCCGAUCCGCGCAUUCACGAUCUGGGCGACGGGUCAAGACGUGGACCCGCGCAACAUUGACGCGGCCAAUCCGCGGGGACAGGCGAUCAAGCGCUUUAUGGAACUGAAGACGGGCCGGAGCUCAGGCAACGGCUCACCACGUUCUAGUGUCGGGCCGCGCGUGACGAUCGCAUCGAGCCCGGGACGAGCAACGCGCCUCCCCCGCUUCAGCCGCAGCCCGACCACCCCCAGCCCUCUCUCCAGCCGCAACGAGUCCCAUGGCCAAGUAUUGUCUCGGUGCUGCCCGAAAGUGGAAUUUUCCCCGAGAGCGUACCCGACGACUCGAUGA